AUGUCCGCAUGUCAAUUUUGCCAUCAACGCCAUCAUACGCUACUGCACAACACCGCGUCCGCAACUAGUGUCACCGCUCCUGCUCACAAUGCCGACAACGUACAACACGUAGGGGCUAACUACGCUGCCGAAGACGUAGCCCAAGUUGAAAAUGCAACCGCUUUAUCCGCCAUUGGAUCUUCGACAGACACCGCUGCCGCACGCUCUUCUUCCUGCUUGAAGUCGAGUCCAAACCUAGUACCUACAAAUCUAAGAACUGUUCUGCUUGCUACUGCCUUGGUAAAAGUACGCGACUGCUCCGGUCGUUUUCAAUCCGCACGCUUAUUGUUGGACUAUGGGUCGCACGCCUCGUUCGUGACAGAGUCAUGUGUUCAACGCUUGGGUCUACCAAGGACCUCGUCAACGGUGGUAAUUACUGGGAUUGGAUCCUCGCAAGGUGGCCGAUCUAGAGGUGAGACUUUACUUUCACUUUCAUCUUAUUCCUCAGAUCAAUGUUAUGCAAUCAAUGCGCUGAUUUUGCCGAAGAUCACAAGUGACUUGCCAACUCAGGCCUUAGCCACUCAUACAUGGCCACAUAUUCAAGGGCUGGUCUUAGCUGAUCCGAAUUUUAUGAAGCCUGGACCAAUAGACAUAUUGGUCGGGGUGGACGUUAUGGAUCGGCUCAUCUGCUCGGAAAUUCGCAAAGGCCCCCAAGGGACGCCUAUAACGCAACGGACGGUAUUCGGUUGGACACUUUUUGGAAGUGUUGAUGGCGCUAGCUCCUCAAACCCACGUCUACAAUCACUACAUUGCGAUGUGCAGUUAGAUAGAGCACUCACGAGGUUGUGGGAGCUAGAGGAGGCUCCGCAAAAGAGGCAUCUGACUUACGAAGAGCGCUUCUGUGAAGAGCAUUUUGAAUCGACGCACCAGAGGUCACCUGAUGGUCGAUUUAUCGUCGAACUGCCGUUAAAAGCUGAUGUUACCUUGGGAGAAUCGCGAUGA